AUGACUGCUGGUUCUACCGCUCCCGUUGAUUACGCUUCCUUGAAGAAAAAGUUCCAACCAUUUCUUUCCCGAAGAGUGGAAAAUAGGUCUCUGAAAUGUUUUUGGAAUGCUUCUGAGCUAUCUGAUGACGUGAUUGAGCUGGCGGGUGGUAUGCCCAAUGAGAGGUUUUUCCCCGUCGAAUCUAUCGAUUUGAAAAUAUCAAAAGUUCCCUUCAACGAUAACCCCAAAUGGCACAAUUCGUUUACCACGGCGCACCUGGACUUAAAUUCUCCAAUUGAGUUGCCGAUUGCACGUUCCUUGCAGUACGCGGAAACGAAGGGUUUGCCGCCUCUGUUGCACUUUGUUAAGGAUAUGGUAUGCAGGAUAAACCGCCCGGUAUUCUCCGAUGAGACGGAGUCCAACUGGGAUGUCAUUCUUUCUGGUGGGUCCAACGACUCUAUGUUCAAGGUCUUUGAGACCAUUUGCGACGAAUCUACCACUGUGAUGAUUGAAGAGUUCACUUUCACACCGGCCAUGUCCAAUGUGGAGGCUACAGGAGCGAAAGUGAUCCCUAUUAAGAUGGACCUGACGUUUGACAGAGAACGUCAAGGUAUUGAUGUCGAAGAUCUGACCCGGUUGCUCGACAAUUGGUCUACCGGGCCUUACAAGCAUUUGAACAAGCCAAAGGUUUUGUACACCAUUGCUACGGGCCAGAACCCCACGGGGAUGUCUGUUCCUAGGUGGAAAAGAGAGAAGAUCUACCAGUUGGCCCAGAAACACGAUUUCCUUAUUGUCGAAGAUGAUCCCUACGGUUACAUGUAUUUCCCAUCCUAUAACCCGCAAAACCCGUUGGAAAACCCUUACGACUCCAGUGAUCUGACCAUCGAACGGUAUUUGAAUGAUUUCUUAAUGAAGUCAUUUCUAACUUUGGAUACCGAUGCCCGUGUCAUUCGUUUGGAAACUUUCUCCAAGAUUUUUGCUCCCGGUUUAAGAUUAUCCUUUAUUGUUGCUAACAAAUUCCUUCUGCAAAAGAUCUUGGAUUUGGCUGAUAUUACCACGAGGGCGCCCAGUGGCACUUCACAAGCUAUCGUUUACUCCACUAUUAAGGCAAUGGCCGAAUCUGAAAUGUCCUCCUCUGUUUCAUUCAGAGAUGCCAUGUUUGAAAGUUGGAUAAAGUGGAUCAUGCAAAUCGCUUCCAAAUACAACCAUAGAAAAAACGUAACCUUGAAGGCUUUGUACGAAACGGAGUCCUACCAAGCUGGUCAUUUCACUGUCAUGGAACCGUCCGCCGGUAUGUUCAUCAUUAUCAAGCUCGAUUGGGGAAUUUUUGAUAGACCAGAUAAUUUGCCGCAACAAAUGGAUAUAUUAGAUGAAUUUUUAGUGAAAAAUGGAGUGAAGUUAGUUCUUGGUUAUAAAAUGGCCGUCUGCCAAGAGUAUUCAGAACAGAAUUCAGACUUUCUAAGACUCACUAUUGCUUACGCAAAGGAUGACGACCAAUUGAUUGAAGCUUCCAGAAGAAUAGGAAACGGUAUAAAAGAGUUUUUUGACACCGUUAGAAGCUAA